AUGUCGAUGCAAAAAUUAAAGGCUCUUAAAGCAAAACGAGCAUCCGUAAAAUCACAAUGCACGCGUACUCGAAACGCGAUCGAUGCUAUAGAUCCACAAGAUGUAGAUAUCGCGUACGUAAAACAGCGGAAACAACGAUUCGCUGAAUAUUGGAAUCAAUUCAAUGAUAUCCAAGUGCAAAUUGACGAGUUAUUAGAAUUAGCCGAGGAUUUAGAUGGUAUCGAAAAAGCCGAUCUUCAGGCCGAGCAAGAACAAGAAUGGUUAAAUUUCGAAGAGAGUUACUUCAGUAUUGCUAGCAAAAUCGAACGUUUAUUAGCGCCUACGCAGAUCGAGGUCGCGAAUCCGAACGAAAAUGAAGGUUAUGUCCGUGACAUCAGUCAGAUGCACUUACCGAAGAUUGCAAUACCAAAGUUUAGCGGUAAUUACGUGGAUUGGUAUCCGUUUUACAAUACAUUCGAGUCGAUGGUUCAUCUCAAUCCGAAGUUAACAAACAUACAAAGAUUCCACUAUUUAAUUUCCUCAUUGGAAGGCGACGCGGCGCACGUUAUUGAAUCGCUGGAAAUCACUUCUAAUAAUUACCAAGAAGCCUUAGACUUAUUAAAGCAACGUUACGACGACAAGCGUGAGAUAGCUCAGGAACACAUAAGAGCGUUAUAUGAUUUACCUGCAAUUACAAGGGGUAAUAGUAUAGCACUAAGGAAGUUAAUUGACGACGUAUUACGGCACUUGCGUUCGUUAAAAAGCUUAGGUAGGCCCACUGAGCAUUGGGAUGAUCUUAUCAUUCACUUGAUCAUCACUAAGUUAGAUUCAAUCAUCGCAAGAGAAUGGGAGGAUGAGAUUCGAGCAAAUGACAUGCCCACUCUAAAACAGCUCAUUGAUUUCUUGAUAUAUAAAUGCAAAGCGUUAUCAGCCGUAUCCAAGAAGGCAUCUAGCGAUUCAGUAGCGUCAAAUUCUCGUAAUUCUAACAAGGUUAAUACUCACGUAGCUGCUUCUAACAUUGGCUGUGCUUACUGCAAGGGGAAGCACUAUAUAUUUCAAUGUCCUGAUUUUCUGAAAUUGCCAAGCGAAAAUAGGAAUAAAGAAGUAAGAGCUAAACAUCUAUGCAUAAACUGUCUACGAUCCACUACACAUCAAGCCAAGGAUUGCAAAUCGUCAACGUGUCAAACAUGCAGCAAAAAGCACAACACGCUUCUACACAUAGAAGACAAGUCCAACAAGGAUAACACAUCUACAAAUAAGUCGGAACAAGCAAGUCCGUCUAGCACAGUCACUCUAAAUCAUCACAGCUCUCAAGAUAAGUAUGGCCAGAUUAUAUUAUCAACGGCAAGCGUAAAUGUCUAUGAACAACAUGGCAACAUUCAUGUAUGUAGAGCAUUAUUAGAUUCAGGAUCACAAUCUAGUUUUAUCACAGGAAAGCUAGCAAGAAAAUUGAAUCUCGUGCAAAAGCAAACAAACAUGUCCGUCACAGGAAUUAAUAAAUCACAAACGCAUUCGUGUAGCACAGUCACAAUACGAAUAAAAUCAAUGCACACAUCUUAUUCUCAAAACAUUGAAUGCUAUGUUCUAAAUGCUAUUACGGACAAUUUGCCUCAAGUUCAAGUUAACAUAGAUAAGUUCACGAUUCCAAAUAAUAUCAGGUUAGCGGAUCCACAAUUCCACAUACCAGGUGAAAUUGAUAUACUUAUAGGUGCAGAGAUAUUCUGGCAACUAAUAUGUGUCGGACAGAUACAAUUGCAUAAAAAUCAGCCCACGCUACAAAAGACUCAACUAGGUUGGAUCGUCGGUGGCAAGACGUGUAGUUACAACCCGGCAGAAUCCAGAGCAUGUAAUUUAUCCACUAAUCAGCAAAUCAACGAAACAUUAUCCAAGUUUUGGGACAUGGAACACAUCCAUGAAAAAACUCCGUUUACUCCCGAAGAGAAACUCUGCAUGGAACAUUUCGAAAAAACUACGACCAGAAACGUAGACGGCCGUUUCAUAGUGCGGUUGCCGAUCAAGGAGACGAAAUUACAGCAACUUGGUGAAUCACGCAGCACAGCAUUGAAAAGAUUUAUUGCUAUGGAACGUAAAUUACAGAAGCAACCACAACUAAAGGCGCAAUAUGCACAAUUUAUGUCGGAAUACUUAGCUUUAGGCCAUAUGGUACGUAUCGAUGAGCAGCAAAUACCUCAGCAGGCCCCACGCUACUACAUACCACACCAUUACGUGCUGAAGGAUAAUAGUCUAACCACAAAACUACGGGUAGUGUUCGACGCUUCCUGCGACACCAGCACAGGAAUAUCACUAAAUGAUUGCCUUAUGGUAGGGCCAACGUUGCAGCAAGAUCUCUUUAUGAUCCUAUUACGAUUUCGUACAUUCGUAUAUGUAAUCACAGCUGAUAUAACUCAGAUGUACCGUCAAGUACUCAUUGACGAGGCACAAAUCUUCUUGCAAAUGAUUUUCUGGAGGAACGAUCCAAAGGAUGAGAUAUCUUUAUUCGCACUACUAACCGUAAUAUAUGGAUCAGCAGCAGCAGCCUUCCUAGCGAUUGCAUCAAUCAAGAAAAUAGCAACCCUGGAAAGGAUAAACUAUCCAAUAGGAGCAGCAGCUAUUCUCGACGAUUUUUAUGUUGAUGAUUUAUUAUCAGGAGCUGAUACCAUUGCCGGAGUCAAGCAGAUACGUGACGAAACCACCAAGGUAUUGAGCAAGGCUGGCUUUCAGCUCAGAAAAUGGGCAUCCAAUUGUCCUGAAGUACUAGAAGAUAUGUCGAGCGCAGAUACUGGCGAACCCAUUCACUUCAUCAACAGAAACGAAGAAAUAUGUACACUAGGCAUGCAUUGGAAUACGUCAAACGACAGUUUCAAAUAUGACAUCAACAUUUCUGAUUCUCGCAAGGUGACUAAACGAAGUAUGUUAUCAGCAUUGUCCAAAAUAUUCGAUCCAUUGGGACUUCUUGGACCAAUCACACUCGUUGCCAAGAUACUCAUCCAAAGAGUAUGGAAGCAUAAUUUGGCAUGGGAUGAAACUGUGCCCAUGGACAUACAUACCGCAUGGUUACAAUUUCAAGAUCAGUUAAGUAUAAUUCACAACUUCACCAUACCAAGAUAUGUAUUAUGUAAGCAAGCUUCUAGGAUUCAAAUUCACGGCUUCGCUGACGCAAGUGAAAAGGCAUACGGAGCAUGUCUAUACGUCAGAAUUACUAAUCCACAAGGACAGCAUUCAACGCAGCUGCUAUGUUCUAAGUCUCGAGUAGCGCCGUUGAAAACGAUUACAUUGCCACGCUUAGAGUUGUCCGCUGCAGUCCUACUAGUGCAAUUAGCAGACAAAGCAUUGAAAUCAGUACGCCUUGAAAUAGAGGAUGUAGGCUAUUGGACAGACUCAGAGAUUGUGUUGCAGUGGAUAAGGGCAACUAACAAAAGGUGGAGUGUUUUCGUCGCAAACAGGGUUGGAGAAAUUCACAGGCUCUCCCGACCGACUCAAUGGUAUCACGUGAGCUCAGAAUUUAAUCCAGCUGACUAUGUAUCAAGAGGAUCUUUUCCGGCAUCGUUGAGUAACGCAAGUCUGUGGUGGUCUGGUCCAUCAUGGUUGCAGCACGAAGCUCAAGAUUGGAACACCAAUAUACCACCUCUAUUAGGAGAAAUACCAGAGCAGAGGCCAACACUCACGUCUAUAGUCACUAUUGACGACAAACAUGAAAUAUUCACAAGAUUUUCAUCUCUAAACAAGCUAAUUAGAGUCAUCGCUCUUUGCAUCAGAUUUAUCACUAACAUUAGAAGCAAGCCAGAAUCUAGAAUUAAAGAUCGUUUAACCACACAGGAAUUAUUUGAAUCCAAUCGUCGUCUUAUAAGAAUCAUUCAGCAAUCAGCAUUUAAACAAGAACUGCACUCCGUUAAGGCAAAUGGAUGUGUGUCACGCAAAAGCAAAUUGCUUAGUUUAGCUCCAUUUAUUGACGAACAAGAUAUCAUAAGAGUAGGUGGACGACUUCGGAACUCAGCAAUCUCACCUGACAAGAAACAUCCCGUCGUAUUACCUGCUGAUCAUCCCUUCACGCGUCUCGUUAUAGCGCAUGAGCAUCGCAAGCAGCUCCACGCCGGAGCACAGACAACGCUGGCGGCCGUGCAAGACAAAUACUGGCCUUUAUCAGCUCGAAACAGCAUCAAGAAACACAUCAGACAGUGCAUUACUUGCUACAAGGCAGCUCCAC